AUGGUCUCCAUCGGCAAUGAGAUCCGCAACGGGCUCCUCUGGCCACUAGGCGCAACCACGAACUAUGGGAACAUCGCACGACUGCUGCACUCGGGAGCAUGGGGCGUCAAAGAGUCAGCCCUGGCCACCCCGCCCAAGAUCAUGAUCCACCUCGACAACGGCUGGGACUGGUCCGCGCAACAGUACUACUACAACCAAGCCCUGGCCCGCGGGUCGGCGCUGUCAUCGACGGAUUUCGACUACAUCGGUGUCUCCUACUACCCCUUCUACGGCGCGGACGUGACGCUCUCUGCACUGGCCACCAGUCUCAGUAACCUGCACGCGACCUACGGCAAGGACGUGCUGGUCGUCGAGACGAAUUGA